UCUGCGGGGUGCCUAAGCGGGAAAUUUCCCUCAUUAAUAAAUCUGGCCACACAAACCAAGCAAACCAGCUAUAUUCUUCGAUCUUCAAGAUAUUUCGAGCUGAGAAUGUGGUACGAUGACUAUGACGAUUACUGCGAACCAGACUAUUUUCUUGAUGACGACUUAGACAAUGAUCAACCAGACUAUUUUCUUGRUGAUGACUUAGACAACGAUCAACCAGACUAUUUUCUUGACCAUUACUUGGACUAUGAACCAGGCAAUGUAUUUGGUGCUGACUUAGACUACACUGAGGCUUCUUCUUCAGUGGGUCCAGGAAAAACGCCUAGGGUUAACAAGCAAAAGAUCAUGAAAACUGCAUCAAAUAWUGACAAUAAAAAAGGUUCAAAAUCACAAAGAGCAUCGAAAAAGGUUUCGUCAAGCAAGUCCUCAUCCCAGAAGUUUGAAAAAAAAUCAGCAGACCAGAAAUCGAAAAGAACAGCUAAAUUUGAUGUCCCAUUAGGAAAAAACCCAAAGAAAUCCCAAUUGCAAAAUAAAGACCAGCAGAAGAACCAGCCAUUUUCAAAGCAUCGUAAACACCCCAAAAGGGAUCUUAAUGGAGCAAUAAGGAAGUUCUCUGCAAGCAAGGUAAAGAUCCCAAAGGAAAAUACAAGAUGGGCGAGAAAAAUGGCUGAUACUCAUAUUGAGUAUGUUCGUCAAUUCUGCCAAGAAAAAUCGAAGGGAAUAUUCAACCACUUCGAAUUCACGGGUAGCUUUUACGAGCACUUGAAGACUGAGGAUGCUGAUGAAUUGGAUAUUCUUGUUGCUCUUGACACAAAGAACAAUGCCGAUUUGAUGGUAGAGGAAGUCGAUGGCGUUCCUGGUUAUGCUCUAAUCAAAGUGACAAAGAAAUCCAGCAAGUAUUGGCGCUUUGUUGAUAGUAAGGGGUACGUGAGACCCACCAAGGUGAGAAGCUGGUUUUUUGGCCUUGUCCAGCAAGCAGUUAACCAAUACAAGAAGCAAAAAAGCGAAAAAGACCCUCAUCUAAAACCUUCAGAUAAUGGUCCUGCCACUAAGCUUCUUAUUGACGAUAAGGAAGCCAAAAAGAAACUAGAGGUAGAUCUUGUACCUGCAUUUCUKUUYAAACCAAAGAAGGACAGCUCACUUUCAGUUCCUGCUGAAGGAAGGCACUACGUUGCMAAACAGCUACCUGAAAAAAUGAUCACCGAAAACAUGAAAUGCACGAGGGAAAUGCUUUGGAGACAAUCCUUUUCUCUUCAGGAGAAAAAACAGAUGGAAAACCUGGACAAAAAAGAUUCAGGCUGUCGACGUGAGGUGGUCAAAGUUAUCAAGACAGUAGUGAAAAAUGAUCCAACCCUCGCCAAGCUGUCAUCUUAUCACAUAAAAACUGCAUUUCUUCACUACAACUUUGAUAAAGGUCAAGAAAACCUUGAAUGGUGCGGAAAAGACAUGGGAGAAAGGCUUAAAGGAGUGUUGGAUUACCUAAAACAGAGAAUAARCGAAAAAAAUCUAGGUCAUUUCUUCAUCAAUGACCUCAAUCUACUGAAGGAACUGAAUGACCCAUCCCUUGAAAACAUUGAAGGUCGUUUGAACAAGCUCAUAACCAAUGAAGRUGAGUUGAGAAGAGUUCUUGCGGUGCAGCCAGAGGAUCUCAAAGUUGAAGCUAAGGGCAAGCCGGAGGCGAAAAAGGAAUCUAAAAAGUCAAAGCCUCAGGGGCGAGCCAGAGCCAAGGCCCCUAAGACUGUAAAUAAGUCCAGGGGCGGAUCCAGAGGAGGGUUGCAGGGGGUGCGCACUUCUCCCUUGUUCGACUUUUUGUCCCUACUUUGAAGAUAACCAAUACUGUUUUUUCCUUUCAUUCUAAGGGGUGCACCCCUCCCUGGGUUAACUUUGUGUCCAAAGUCCAAAGCCAAGUCUAAAACCACAAGUAAGCCACAAACACAAAUAAGAUAUUUUUGAAGUGUCUUCAGCUCUUUUUACAUAGUAUCGUCGCGGUUUUAAUACCCGAUGAAUCUAUGUUCUUAAAAUAGUAUAAACGGUGUAAUAUAAUUCCUGGAGAAUAAACUUGAAGUUAGUCACGUGACAUAUUUUUAGGGUACAACCACGUGAUUCAAAAUCCCCUGAGAUAUAGAWAACUAUAUAAAACAAAAUGCAUAUUGGUUGAUUUGACAAGAGAAGCUAAUGAGGAAUAUUUUGUUAUUGUCAACCAACAUGGCGGCUAUGUACGACGUAACAUGCACCCUAACAAUUGCAAAAGUCUUGUUCACAAGUCUCUCAUUCUUAAAGGGACUCGAAUGAAGCACCUCCUUCUCAUUCAAUGAAUAAAUACUGACCUUAUGUAAUUCGGCAGGAUAUCAAGUUCACUAGAUUUAUUUCCAUUUAAUGUAACGGUAUUUUUUCUUACGUUAAAUACUUCAAAUAAUUAUAUAUACACUAAAAUACUUGCAAAUAACUACAUGUGAUUCAAAUAACUAUAUAUGCACUUGUCAAAGGACCUGCCUCUAAUCUUAGGAAGAAAAGUGCUGUUACGCUGAUCGUCCAAAGACCUUAUCCUUGCCUUGGGAUCUACAAGUCAAAUAUAUUAGAGCACCAACUUAUGGCUUGAGUUGACUCUUUCAGUAAGACAGGUAUUUUAGUUUAGUUGUGUGCAGAUUGCCCAGAAUACCAAAAGCAUUUCGCAUGAAUUAAAAUGAUUCUUGAAGAAAAACAGCAACAGAAGACAACAUAAAACAAAAUACCUGCCAUAAUGUCAACUCUCACAUAGAACUGAUAGCAAAUGUAAGCUAAUAGUCAAAAGAUUUCUAAAUGGAAUAAAAGAAUGGAAUUAAAAUA